GGGCCUCCGUAGGAUUCGAACUCGCGUCGUGAUAAAAAUAAAUUGAAAGACUAACCCAUUAGCCCACUCGGCUAUAGUAACCUUUUGUAUAGUAACCUUUUGUAAAAGGGGUGAAUAUUAGAUAUAUAAAAUUGUAACGGCCGUGACUCACGACCGUGUAUUAUAGGCACGAGCGUGGGUUAUUGGAAAAUAAUACAUGGUUUUAAACCAAUCAAAACUGGCAUUGCAUAGCAAACAUGGUAGAAUUCCAAAUCGAUCACAGUCCUUCUGAAAUAAGAAUUUCAAUAUGGCGACCAAGGCAGUACAACUACUGACGGUCCUCACUGAAAUUAUUGAAGAGGAGGAAGAAGAAGAUAUGGAUGACGAAAGCAGCAUGUAGGUAUGUAUAGCCCCCCCAGGGAUGUUUAGCCCCCAGGGAUGUUUAGCCCCCAGAAUGUAUAACCCCUUGUAUUGUUCUGAUGUGUAUAAAAGUUGGAACCUUCCAUCAUAUCGCCAUAUUUUCUCAGAAGAGAAGGAUCACAACACAGCAAUGUCAACUAGAGUGGUACGCUCAGAAAGCAUGGAAACAAGAUAUGAUAGAGACGAAUGUAAUCGGUUGAUGAUUGAUGAGGAGGGGAAAAAACAAGACCCUGUUGCCGCCUUUGAUCUUGACGAAACUCUGAUUGACACAAGGCGUCCUAAUGGGGAUUAUUGCAAACUGGACAUAGGCAAUGACUGUUUCGUUGUUGCCAAUGAGUUUCGAGGCAGAACGCUGAUUCAUAUCAGACUAUACGAUACAAGUGAAAAGGGUACCUUGUAUCCUACUAAAAAAGGCGUUGCACUCAGCCCUCAACAGUGGAAAAAAUUACAAAUUUGGUACGCUGAAGAUGUAGAUCAGGCCCUUGUGAAAUACCGUGAAGGCAACGGGGUGGAUCUCAAGAUUCAUCUAGGUGGGAACAAUUAUGUAUCACUAUCGACUGGGUUUGCUCAAGUGCAUAUCCGGCGUUGGUUCAUGCCGGACGCCAAAACAAGGGAGUUGAAACCUACACGUGCAGGUGUUGCUCUGUCCUUUGAGCAGUGGGAGAAACUGAAAGAUUGUAUGACCAUUAUGAAUGAAUAUAUCGGAGACAUUCUAGACAACGUUGAGUUCUGUGAAAUGGGCAGUGACCACCAAAAUCAAGAGGGCGCACUUCAAUGCUUUGAAUGCAAUCCAAAUAGGAUAGACGUAUGUGACUGAAAUUCAAUAUUUUCUGAUAUUGUUAUCAUCAAUGUAUAUAUACUUGUUUUUUCAAUCAUUGUAACACCUCAUUGAAGUUAC